AAGAUCAGGAUCAAGAUCAGGUGUCGUUGUGGCCCAAAACAACAACAAUUGCUUUGCUUAUAACAACAACGACCAACCAUUCGCCUCACCUGUACCCGUCGGCUGCCACACCUGCUACAACCUCGCAGGACUAAACUAGACCCACAAGGAUAAAUAGAUGAUCGACGCCCUGACAGCAUGAGUGGGUGACGGAGUGCGGCAGGGCGCGUGGUGGCUGCAGCUCACCACUGACCGCCUCGCAUACACAGCUGGGCCCCGAUGAAAUGCCAAAGAAUGGAGACAAUCAAGCUCUUCUGACACAGUGUAGUUGAAGAGCAGCAGCUGAGGAGUAUUGCAGGAGUGAGCAGAUGCCUGUGUCGCCAUUAUGGCACUCAAUUUUAACUAUGUGGCAGACCUGGAAGACGUGGCGCUGGAGGGCCUCGAUGGAAUCACAGUGGAAGCACUGUGGGUGAGGCUGAAGCACAGGCCAAAUUUUGAAACCAACAUGCACAUUGAUGACAAGAGCAAGGAAUUCCUGUGGUCACUGCUGUGCAGAAAUGCUGAAAUAACCAUGUACAAGAUUCCCACGCCCAGGGAGAAACUCGUCAUUUUCAACAGGUAUGAGCACAUGGAUCAUGAGUUGGGCAUCGUUCUGGAGCCUGAGAACGUACCACCAGAGAUCUAUCCAUUUCACCCGAUUGAUGACACUGAGAAGGGUGUCCGAGGCUCCUGUGCUGCCUACCAUGAGCGCACAGACAUCACAGAACAAGCCUCCUCCAUGACUCUGCUGGAGGUGGACAAGAUGUAUGGACAGCAGCUGGUGUUGGUGGCCAGUCAGCUGCUGAGGAACACGCUCUGCAUCACUGCCUGCAUUGACAAGUUCUAUGACCUCACCAUAAACCAGUACAUCAUUCUGGAGCGGAUUGGGCGCUCGAGACGCAUGGGGGAGAUCACACAGGGCAAGGUGAGUCUGGCGUCCAUGGGUGAGAAUCCCAAGACAAUGUUCUACCACCGCAAGCGUCUCCUCAAGCUGAACCUCAUCACCAAACAGCCUCACCAGCAGAAGGGUGCCAAGGCACAGACUCACAAUGGCUCCCUCCUCCACCUCACAAGGUUCUAUGUGGAGCGGUGUUCAAAGUUUAUCAUGAUGAUCCAGAGAGCAGUGGAGUUGCUGAAGAGUAGACCUGACUUCAGUGCACCCUACACCCUGGUCAAGGAGAUUAUGGGCAUGCCAGACACCUCCUGCCGCAAGCUUUUCAAGAGUCAGGAGUUUCAAAAGUUUGUGAGGAAUGUGAACAAGCCGUACCGGAAGGUGUACCCCGAUGCCCCAGCCAGCCAGUGGAAGUGUAAGGGCAGCAACAUGGAGAAGAUUGUGCGCAUCAUGGAGCUGAUCAACCCACAGAUGGACCCAGUGGAAGUGUGCAAAGGUGAUGAGGCAGUGGAGGAAGAGGAGGAGGAAGAAGAUGAUGUCUACCCUGGAAUUCUUAACCAGAGCCAGAUAAGGUGGCGUGAGGACCUCCUGCACCAGGCUUACAGGAUAGUGGAGGAUGCUGGGCCUGAGGGAGUGACACAGUCUGAUAUGGCGCAGAAGCUUGGACAGACUAAACUGGACUCGAGGACCAUCUGUCGGAAUCUCCAGCGCUGCAACACUGUCCACUCCCUCAUGAAGGAUGUGGGAAGGCAGAGAGUGUCCCGCUACGUGUCACACAAGUUCAUGCAGACUGGACACCUCACGCAGGAGUUCAGGAAGGAGAGGCAGAAGAUGAUGUCAAUGAUAGAGCGCGACAGGCCUAAGGAUGUUGAUUUCCCCUCCACGUCACAGAGUGAUGUAUCCAAAACAGUGGAGUCAUGUCUUCUGGAAGGAGUGGAAGUGAAUCUGGAGGUGAUUUCAACCAAGAAAGCCGACAAGGAGAAUGAAGACUCCUCCUCCCACCCGUCCUCCUCUGCCCCCAACACCUCAACCUCCUCCAGCCAGACCAAGCAAGGGGAGAAAAAAUCAGCUGCAGAAAAGGAGAUGUAUAGUGAAGGCUUCCUGAGUCUGCUGAAGGAGAUCAAGAUAACGUACAACAACCAGAAGCGCAGUUCGCCACACGUCACCACCCGCAUGAUGAAGCGCGCCAACAUGAUCAUCGAGGCGGUGCGGUCGGCCCGGGUGAUUGACGAUGCCUUCCGCCUGCAGAAGAUGAUUGUCCAGGCAGAGACAAAAGAAGGUUAUGCAGUCAAGAUGGACAAGAAGAGCCUUGACCGCCUGCUGGACAAGUUGGCCAAGGGUGGCUUCCUCAAGAACAUCAUUGUGAAGCUCAAGAGUAAGACAGCCAACGUCACAAAGCAGAUGCGCUUCGUGGUCCAUCCCAGCAUAACAUUUGACAACUCACACCUGGUGUCAACCAUCGAGCAGCAGAAGUUGAAGUUCCUGGUGGCCGUCAAUGAACCAAAGAAGGAGAUGGAAGGAAGUUCCUCGGAUAAGAAAUCCGUAGCCAGUCGCAGGAUUAAGAGCGAGGAAAAGGGUGACGAAGUAUCAGCUCCUGAGCUGGAGGGCAAGGGAGCAGAGGAGGGUGAAGGAGGAGACAUGAACAGGCAGACUGUGAGGGAGAGCAUGCAGCAGCUGAAGCUCAUGCACCACACUAACAGCAGCCAGGGGGAAGAGUCUGAGUCAUCCACCUCCCUGGCCAGUUUCAGAAAGCUGGUCAACGUGAAGGGCAGCCUGGGACCAAAGUUUGUGCGUAUGUGUGAGCUGCACAAGUUGCUCUUCUACCUGGUGUACGGCUAUGAGGGACGGGAGGACUUGUGUCAGGAGGAUGCCUGGGUUACCAUCGCCACUGCCUCGCCCGAAGUCAACCUGCAGAAUGAGAACAUGUCAGAGUAUCCCAACAUUUACUGUGCCGAGCUAUCCUGGAAGAUGUUCAUUCCACCUCUACAAAAGCACAUGAACACGGAGACUGGCUGGGCUUUUGUGUGUGACAUUCUGCUACGCCUUCCUCUGUGCAUCUUUGUCCAUCUCGUGAGCAUCACCUCCACCUCUGAGGAACUGGAGAGCUUCCUCAACCACCCCCUCAAGAAGAACCUGCUGGUGAGGUACCUGCCGUCCCACCUCCGUCAGUCCCUCCUUCAGGGGCGCCGCUACGUCACCUACGUCAUCGAUCUCAUCAACCGUCUCUGCUACAUGGGAUUGCUUCAGUACGGCCAGCAAGUCAUGAAGGAGAAGGAUCAGGUGUUCAUCUACGUCAACCGCCACGCCAGCCUUAUCGACUCCACCACCUCCUCCCCCGGCUACCACCAGAUCUCCACGGACAAGGAGUAUGUGCGCAAGGAAUACCACUUCACCUACCUUCAGGAUAUCCUUCAGUACUGGUAUGACCUGUGGACCAUCGCGAUGCACACACCACUGGGCGGCCACAACUGCAUGCAGGGCAAGAAAAUCACCAUUCAGAUACUGGACCGCAAACCUCAGAUCCUGGAAACCCUCAAGCCCCGCACCACCUGGGAGGCUCCCUUCAGGGACAAUGGGGCCAUACCAGGGGACGGCCGAGGAGCAGGAGGGCUGGAUUCGGCAAUGUUUGCACACCUCAAGCGUAACUGGUCUUCAUCCUCCGGCCAGUCAGCAACAUCGCGUCCCUCGGCCAUCCUCCCGCCACCCAGUCUUGCAGGGGAGAGGGCGUCCUAUGAGGGAGGCGCUUCCUACUCACAGUACCUCAUGAACACCACCAACCCCUCCCUGGACACACUCUCCCCCAAGCACCGGCUGGCAGGGCUGCGCAAUGUGAAGCUCUCUGUCUACAGGCCAAGGAUAGGGCCUGAUGGUAAGGGGAUGGAAAUACCAGUAGCAGUAGUACCCAGGCAGUCCCGGGGCAGAAAGCGACGCCAAGAUGCCUCCAAGUCCCCAGUCACUGAAGCGGAGCCUGUGAGUACGGCCAAAAGUCAAGGCACAGGCAAGAGCAAUCGGGCAAGUUACCAGCGUGAACUGAAGCAGCGCAAGAAGUCUCCCAAGAAGCCUUACUACGAUGAGGAGGAUCGGGCCGCCCUUAGGAGGAUGAACAAACUGCGGGUGGACUGGUCAUCAGCGGAGGACUCAUUCCUGCUGCUGUGCAAGGUGGCAUCCUGCUUCCUCUUCCCCAAUGUGAGGAGCCAGAUGAUCACCUUCAGCUUGGUGCGGGACCUGAUGCAUGAGAGGUUCCCCGAGGCUCGCAACAAGACCUCUCGGGCCUGCCAGCGCCGCAUCAACUACAUCAUGAAGAAUGCCACCACUGAGGACAAUGUUUCCAUAUUCCUUGAAGAAGUGCGUCAGGAUGCUAGUAUUGUGUCCGAGUUCCAGAGCCCAAAGCUGCCCCGUAACAAGGACAACCUGGAGAACGUGUACGCCAAGAUAUUCCGCCAGCUGAUGGACCGGCUGGUGGCCAAGUUUGCCUCGAGUGACUCCCGGCAGUGCCCCGACCUGCCCAACACCCUGGAGGAGUUUGAGGAUCGCUACCAGGUCAUUGUGGCGUCCUCCUUCCUGAAAAACAAGCUCCACAUCAAGGAGGUCAAGUCUGUGUCGGACAUUGACUUCCACGUUGUCAAUGCGCUUAUUUAUAGUUCACUGUGCUCAAAGUUUGACCGGGACUCCUAUGCAUACCAGCUGUACUUAGCCUACCAGCAGUACCCUCAGACACUGCUCAAUGCGGUGCUCACCAGGAUGCGGCAGGACCAGAUGAUCAGCUACAAGAAGUGUUACAACCGCUCCAUGCUGGCCCAGACCUGCCUGCCCCUCUCCACCUCGCCCUUCCAGCUCUCUGUCACUUAUCAAUAUGUCUUCAAUUUUAAGUACCACUAUGAAAUCUUCAGUCAGGCGUGGCAUAUGCUGAAGCUCCUCAUGGAGGACAAGCACCAGUCUAUCCUGAAAGGCACUACCAAGGACCCCCCUGAUGAGACUGCAGAGGAUGGCAGCGACACCACCCACCAGCAGGGAGUGCCAAUAGUAAUCCACCAUGAAGGCGGCUACUGUGCUGCCAUCGUUGCCCUCAUGGCCACCAAGCGCCUCCUGUUCAACAUUGUGAUGCCGGAGCAGAUCAUCAUAAUGGAUCAGAAGCAUUCCGUCAUGCAGGAUCACCACCAGUCCCUCCUGCAGCGGUACUCAGAUCACACACAGAUGUCAGGCAGGGACACCCAGGACCUAGAUGCACAAUUCUCUGAGCCACAUAAGAAGCAGCUGCCGUCCCUCAGGUCAAGAUUAAAGGUGGAUACCUCAGCUAAGUCUGCAGAGAAAGGGAGUGUUUCUAAAGGUGAUGGUUCUAAUUUGUCAGACUCCCUAACUGAGGAUCCACAGGAAGAAAGGACAGGAAAUAAAAAGUCAUUAAAGAGGAAAGGUGUGGAAAAAGAACCCCAGAGAGCUAAGAAGCUUUGUAAGUCCCCUGCCAAUCCAAAAGAAGAGGAAGAUAACAAAACAGGAGAAGACUCAUUCAUAGCACACGUUCAGAAUGAUGCAAGACUCACCAGCACACCCGCACCUUCAGUGAAGAGAAAACUGAGGAGAAAGAAAGCUCAGGACUCAGCAGAGGAAAGCCUAACAGAAAACAAUCCCAGUCAAGACGAAGGACAAAGCUCAACAUCAGCGAAGGUGAAGCGAGUCUCCUUCCAAGUGGGAAAGGUGGAAGAGAGUGCAGAGACCCAGGAUACUGAGGGCAGCUGUGUGCAGGAUGAUGGUGCCGCUGCAGAGGAUGACGCAGAUGGAACAGAGUCACAGGGGCGCAACAUUCCCUCUGCCUCCCGUCUGGGCCUGUACAUGAUGAGGGACCAGCUCACACUGGCAGAUGUGGACCAGAUCAACAUCCAGCACGCUCAGGAACACUUGGUGGUCAAUGCCUGUGAUGUCAACUGCCGUCUCCGCCCUCCACCUGACCUGGAGGAAGCCUACACCAAUGCCCUGGAGAUGGGGGUGGAGGCAGCAGAUGACGUGCUGAUGCCGCUGGCCAAGGGGAUUGUGGUCAAUUCAUUAGAGCACCGGAAGAAAGUAACACUGCAGGAGUGGAACCAGCUGGAUGAUGUGCUGGAUAAAUGGGAGGAGCAGGGGGAGAGUGGUGAUCUGCUAGCGAUGGUGAAGGAAGUAUACCACUAUGUUGACUGGCACAGGGAGACUGGUGUCUCUGUGAAGGAUUUGAAGGACAAGUACAGGGAGUAUCCGUACUGCAUCACCGCCAUCAUGUCGCUGAUGGAGGAAGCGCUGCUGGUGAUGCGUGUCGGGGCCGCUGUGGUGCGCUGGGUCACCAUGCAGCACACCAAGCCCUGGCUCAUACAGACCAACAAGAUCACAAGGGUCAACAGACAGAAUGUGCGAGUGCAUGGUGUGUACAUGAUGAACCUGGAGGAGGAUGACAAGGAUGCAGCGGGCACCAGCACCUCCCCUCAGGACCUACAGCUGGAGGAGGGAGAGGAGCAUGAGAGGCCGUCAGAGCUGGAGCAGAAUGAAAUGGGCCAAGAAUCAAGGUCUCAGGAGGCAGAACGUCCCUGGAGUGGCUCAUUCCAGGAUCCAUCAGGAGUAGAAGAAGGCUUGGCCACAACAGCAUCCCUUCAGCAAGAUGGUGAGAUAGAGAACACUGAGGAGGAGUCAUCAGCAUGCCAAGACACCAAGCUGGGAAUCCCUUGCCUUGACACCACCACCAAGGCAGCUGCUAGUCCCACACAGGUGCCGGAGGAGGAGGCGCCUGUCCCCUCCACAUCAGGAGUGAGCACAGAGGAGUCAGCACCCACCAGACGCUCCCUGAGGCUCUCCAGUAUGGCCGCAGCUGAAGAGGGUGACAAGGAUGACCCGUCAGGGAGGCGCCACAUUCACUCCUUCCUGGUGAUGCGCAAGAGGAAGUACAAGCGUGACGAGGAAGUGUCUACCAUCAUGGAGAAGAACAUCAAGCAGCACCACCACAAAUCCGACCAUGAGAGGAUUGACGUGGCGGUGCGUCCGUGGGUGAGGCUCAACGGAACACUGAACAGGCGCGUGGUGGACCGUCUGCUGGGCGCUGUGCUGUGUCUGGUGAUGGAGCGGCCAGGGAUCAGUGGAAGGGACAUUGUCUGCCGGUUUUCCCCAGCCCUGCAGCCUGCCCACACCCAUGACCUGCUGGAGACCUUGGUGCAGCUGCAGUGCAUCAUCAGAGUUCAGCUGGUCUGCUCCCACAAGCCAUCACUCUUCUCUGACAUUGUGGACUACUCCCUAGUGUUGGCCGAGGUGCAUGACUGUGACGACGACGUGCUGUAUGAACCGGCUGUGGAUGCCAUACUCAAGUUGUCCAUGUUCAUUGGCGACAAGAAAUACUCACAAGACUUCCUUUCCGGGGAGAGAAGGUGAAACUAGCAGAGGUGGUCAAGGUGACUGGCACACCUUGGCAAACACCUGGCCACUUUGUGUAUCAUAGUGUAUGUACAGAUUUGCUACCUUUCUGUUGUGAUUUGUUGUGACUGAGUGAAUAAUUGAAUUGUGUGAAGAUAUACUUAGAUGCUUAAUUAAUUCAUCAUGGUAUUGUGUCACAGUGUGGUCUGGUGUAUGACUGGUCAGCCUGGUAUAUCUGGACACCUCCCUACAAAUGAGGUUACUCAAGACAUGAAGAAAGAUUGCAUUAUUUUGUACAAAUGUUCUAGUCUUGUUGUUGUUAUUGGAUGAUCACCAUUUUGAGUGUUGGCAAAUAAGGAAAACUUUCAUUGCUAUCUUGACAGGAUUGUGUGUGUGUGUGUGUGUGUGUGUGUGUAUGAUAAUAUGUUGUAUAUCUUUACAGAGCUUUGUUAAGACAAAUAUAUAUAAAUGACUGAAAA